AUGGUCAGCGGCUGCAGGGAUUUGGGAGAGCAGGCCGCGCCACGCCACGCAGCGCCAGCUGUGGCCCUGCAGCUGCGGCCCGCCGCGCCGCGCCUCCACCGUCCGUUGCCGCGUCUUCCGCUGCCGUUUGCCCACCGUCUUCUCAGCGACGCACUCCAAGUAGCUGCUGCCUCCUGGGUGACGGAUGUAGAUGGACGUACACAAACCGGUACUUGGGAGAGAAAGGAACCGUCGGAUUUGGAUCUAAAGAGUACGGCACACCGUCACGAUGUUAUGUCAGACAGCAUCCUCACUGUGGAAAAAACAGGUCGUUGGUUGAAAACGAUGGGCAGCGCGGCAGACGCGGAGAUGGCAAUGGUAGCUGAAGAACUAACAGAGAGCUGUAAAUGGCAAACUGUACACCAGAAACGGAGGAAACCUUCCGGGACCGCUUACACCGGAUGCGAGGCCUGUACGGAGCAACAGGAAUUGGAAGCUCUGAGACAAAGAAGUUCAUACACAAAACGUAUAAACUACCAUAUAAUCAACGUUCAGGGAAGAAAGGAUAGAGUUUCAUCUAAUAGUUCGACGAAAAUCGUCAUCUGAUACGCUUGAACGACUGUUUAUGGGCAUUCAAGAACUUUGUUUUUGCCGUGGGAUUAAGCAUGAUUCCAUCGUUCCUCUAGACACUGGCCUCGAAAACAACCUCAGCUGGAAGCAACUAGAGACACAGCAUUACCAAAUAUUUUGUAUGAAAUACAAUAUCAAACAGGUGUGUGAUAGCAAAAUGCUUCUUGGAACGUCUGCAGACUUACACACUCACCUGCUUGAGAAAGUUUGUGUGCUGAGAGACGUAGGAAUGAAAUCUUGAAAUAGAUAGACUAUUCCUACUACGCUGACAAGCAGGGUGGCUAAAUAUUAUACAUGAGCAAGAAACUUUUGAGGAGGUAGACGAUUUUCAGUAUCUCCGAAGGAGAAAGGAUAAAGAAAGAAAAUGCGAGAAAUAGGAAUGCAUAGUACGCGAAGAAAGGUGUGGGAAGCAAGGUCCCGGAACUUUAUAUUCUUCAAGGAAAUGCGGCGGACUCUCUUCGUGAACGUUGUACGAAAUCCUUUCCUCCGCCAAGCGAGUUGGUUCACGCUGUUAUGAAUAACUUGCUGAACCAUGAAGAGGCUUGGAUUCCUGACCAGGAUGACGAUGUCCCUCCCUAUAU